AAUCAAAUGAACGUUUAAUUCCAAACGUUUAAAUAUGACUGUUGCCCUGGGAUGCAAUGUUAAAACAUCUGGCGUGAACCAUAUUAUAUCAUUCAAAUUAUUCAUUUCUAAAUUUCAAAACCAUUACUAAAUUGUUUCUCUAAUUAAUUUUUUAUCAGCUAUAAUGGCGGAAAGUAACGAAGAAAAUACCACUGUAAAAACCGAUUCUGAAGAAAGAUCGCUAAGUGAGAACGAGGCACCAGAGGAGGCCAAUGCCAUCCACAAGGACUGGGCGAAGAAGUACUACCAGAUGACCGUGGGUUCCAUGUUUGGAGAAGAACUCGUGUCAAUCCUAGUGGACCACAUGAAGGCUGACGAGAACGAUAUGAUAGACGUCGAAGGAAUAAUGGCACCUUUCAGCGUCGAACACUGGCCGAGGAAAAUCCUGUCUGGAGUGGUUGACCUUCUGGAGAACUCAGGAACGUUACAGAGUGACUAUAAGAAAAUGUUAUCCAAGGUCCUCAAUAUCAAGAAGGAAGAGGUAGAGCUGUUGUCUAGUGACAGUAUCCAGAAGGCGGUAAAAUUCAUCAAAGAUCAGUUAAAAACCAGACCGUCGGAUGAAGACGUGUCUAGAAGCGAUUUACAGAUGGCUUUCGAAAGCAAGUGUCAUCUCCUUGAUGGCUGCGACAUUGAGCCCGAAGACGAACAGGCUCAACUCGUCCCCGAAGAAGAAGCUGAGACAACUUCAUAAUAGCAUGUAUAUAAAUUGACACUUGACUGUUCAGGAUAUCAAUUUCUUUAAUAAUUUAUAUGUACGUUCGCAAAACUAUAAAUAAUGAAAACAACAAGUAGAGAUUUUUUAUUUUCCAUAGUCACAUAUUCUUUAACACAAACUAUGAUUUUUGACCAACACUGUAAUGUUUUCGUCAUCAUUUGUUUUAUUGUUUUUUUUUAUUUUACCACUUUUUUUUAUAGCCAUGGAGAA